GGUCUGUGUUGCUGGUUCUCUUGCUAUGUGCGGAUGCUUCAGCCAUGCCUAAGGGACGACGAUUCGUUGUAGCGUUCUUUGAACAAUUAUACCAAGCUGCAAGCCUUCCAAACAUGUUCUUUGUGAUUCUAUCUGAGUUCAAUGCCACUGUUCACGUUGAGAGUGGAUUCGGUAUUUCAGAAGAUUUACACAUCCAAGGCAUGGUAGACUACAAGUACAAAGUUGAUGAAAGUUUUUAUUACCAAGCCAACCUACAGGUGACUGACAUGUCAUUCUACUUUACAUCCACUGAGGAAAUAACCUUGUUCUGUUACCAUGUACUUGUCAAUCGUGGAGACGGAUACCUUGCCUUGCCGAUUGAGACCUUAUCCACGGAAUACAUUGUAGUGACACACAUUGAUAAUCACACAAGUUCAGCUGUUGAGGCUGAACUACCCUACACAAAGACCACACAGACUGCUUUCCUCAUCAUCGCUACGGAGGACAAUACCCAGGUGGACAUCAGUCUUAAGAUACAAGGACUCCUUAUGGCAGGUGGGUGUGGCAAUGGGACAUUCUUCAAUGGGGAGAGUAGAACAUUUACACUCAACAAGUAUCAGACAGUUGGCGCCUACUGUGCCGAAGAUAUUACUGGAACACUGAUUAGCAGUGACAAACCCGUGGCUGUGAUUAGUGGGCAUAACAUGAAGUAUACUACAAGCGUUAAAGACGGCAUGCAAGAAAUGUUACUGCCUGUGAAGUCAUUUGGGAGAAGUUUUUACUUGCCAGAACCGCCAUCUAUUACUGGUGGGGCAAUAUACAGAGUUGUGGGAUCAACUGCGUCGACCUCUGUACGCUCCCCGUACGUCAGUGGUAUAUCUUUCUCCCUUGGUGCUCGGGAGUCUCAUGACAUAACUGUUGACUCUACCACAGGUCCAGUUUACAUUGAAGCCGAUAAACCUGUCAUGGUUGUUCAAAUAGCUAUAAAAACGCCAUCACUGGCAAUAGUUCCACCAACAAGUUUAUACUCCAGCUCUUAUGACAUUGGAAAACCUGUUCUUCAUGCGACAUUUGACCUGAAGAAGGUGCUCAUAACAGUCAUUGUUCCGACUGACAAGGUUCUCGGAAUACGACCACAGAUAUUUCCCCAAUUCAAAGUAAUUAAAGGCAGCUGUUUCUCAGAGGCAUCAGUGGAGUUGACAUCACCAGGAUUCUACCGCCUGACCCACGAAGAUGAUGUUCCAUUUGGAGCCAUGAUGUACGUGUUUCCGUUUGUAGACAGUCAGUCUGUGUUUACGCAUCCGGCCGGACUGAAUCUGACAAAUGUUGUCGAUAAAACCACGUGUCCCGCCUCGACAGUGUGUUCGGAUGGUACUCCAUAUCCUUGCUCGUGUUCUUCAGGAUACUUUGAAUACCAAUGUAAUGACACUUCAGGCGGCUGCACCGUGGACCCGUGCCAGUACUCCAGUGCCUGCACUGACCUGACAAAUCUCUACCAAUGUGACUGUGUCACUGGAUCGGGAGGAGCGCACUGCGAGUUUGACAUUAACAACCGUUGUGAGAACAAUACGUGCGUAAAUGGCACGUGUGUGGAUGAAAUUGGGGCGUUCUCCUGUAACUGCACAGAUGGCUUUACUGGCGUGUUCUGUGAAACUAACAAAAACGAAUGUGCACAUGGUCCUUGUGUUCACGGAACCUGCGUGGAUGGAAUUAACAACUACACAUGCAUCUGUGAACCCGGAUACACAGACCUGGAUUGUUCUAAGGACAUUGAUGAUUGUGUGACCGGACCUUGCCAAAACAGUGGCAUUUGUCACGACUUCGUCAAUUAUUUCAACUGCUCAUGUACCCCUGGAUUCAUCGGAUUACUGUGUGAAACAGACAUGGACGAGUGUUCCAGUAACCCGUGCGUGAAUGGCAUCUGCAGUGAUCUGCCCAACAAGUACAAUUGUACCUGCACACCUGGAUAUAAAGGGGUCAACUGUGACGAAAACAUCGAUGACUGUUCCGGGAGCCCCUGUCAGAAUAACGGCACGUGUGCUGAUGCCAUCAACUCAUAUACCUGCACGUGCGUUACUGGAUACACAGGGGAAGAAUGUCAAAAAAAUAUCGACGAGUGUGCCAGCAAUCCAUGCGUCAACAGCGGUACCUGUGUAGACGGGGUAAAUGGGUUCAUCUGCAGUUGCCCCGUUGGUAUCAGCGGAACUAUCUGUGAAAUAGGAGGUGAUCCAUGUGCUGCCAUUCCCUGCCAGAACAAUGCCACGUGCACACAGACGUCUGUUGGCUUCAACUGCUCCUGUCCGCUGGGUUUUGUGGGUCAAACCUGUCAGACAGAUACUUACAUCCGACAAACAACCCCCGACACUGUCCUUCCGGCAAACAUCGAGGCAUUCUAUAAACAGGCGGAGAACGUUUCUCAUGGAGAGACGCGGUUUUGGCGUGGGACAGUUUCGGCCGCUCGGUACAUGACCGAUGAGCUUGAGUACCUGGAAGACUGCCUUGUCCUAUGCAAACAGGACGUUCUCUGUUCGGCUGUGCUCUACACAGUGUCCGGUUCGGGGAAAUGCGUUCGACUUCAGUGACUUACUCUGGUUUAUUUAAGUAGACUGUAAAAGCUACGUUAAAAAGGUCAUUUAAAACGACUGUGUAAACAAAUAAUAAAUUCCUGUCUUCUUUCAAACCGAUUUGUUGGACCAGAACGUACAUUGAUAACAUUGAAAAUCGUCUUAACAUUGACUCUUAUUUCAUUACACCUGUACAUGUGAAUAUGGAGAAACUGGAUGCAAGACGCAUGGCACUGUUCAGCAGUAUGGCUAAUGUGCAAGCAUUUCCAAACAAAAACUUUUGUGCGAUUGGACAAAAUAAAAAAACCCAAAUAACUUUGCAUGUCAUCCUCUCCUACACACAAAUCAGUUCAUGAUAAAGACUGAUUUCUAACCUUUCGAUCUUUGUAAAGGCUUUCUAUUUUUCGAGGCCACUCAUCUAAUUAAUGAGAAGCUUUCCCCACAUUGUUUAUGUAUUUUGGCUAGUAUUACAUCAGCCGUUUCAUGAAAGAAACUGUCGCUUUACUGGCUGAUACACUGAGGAAAGUAUCGACAUACAUACUAGUACCUCAAAUCCAACUAUUAGCGAGUAAAUACUUAUUGACAAAGGAAACUAUUGCUUUAAAUUUAAAACCGAACUGUUAUACGUGUAUUUAAGUGUUUGUCUUGCACGUCCGUUAUUCCUGUAAGAGUAACUAUUCAAUAUUAAGUUGUAUAUAUUGUAUUGUUGUACUGUAUUCUGGACAAACAUCAUCUCCCUAACUGUUUUAUGAAUCAAUAUACGUUUGAACAGAUUAUUCAUAUUUGUGGUGCAUUGUUGCAUCACCUUUUUAUAGGAAGGAAGUUUUAAGGUGAACGUAAGCGCGGGAGGUAGUGGGACUGAGAUAUGAUAUUGAGAUAUGGAUGCGAUAGUGUUUGCUGUAUAUACACAGUUUUAAUCUGCAUGAUAAUGUGCAACACAUUACUUGUUUUUAUUGUUAUUGUUUAUAUUUAUGUUUAAUGUACAACCUUUGAUUGUGUCCAUUUAAUACCUUUCAAGAUUCACAUUUAUGUUAUAUGAUCCUAUAUUUGUUGUGCACAUAGAAUAUACCCGUCUUAGUUUUGUGCGUUCACGACUUUGAUAAAUAUAGGUUAAACGUCUCUUUGUAAUCAGUACUGAUUGGUUCCAUCAUUCACCCUGUAUUUGAUUUCACAUAUUUUAGAUUCCAUAUUGAUAUUUGAUUUUAAAAUUGUAUUCCUAAGUACAUUAUUCUUAAUUUCGUUGAAAUUACCAUUUUUAAGUCAUGUUGUUUUUUACUUUAUAAUGUGUAACUCUUUGUUAUUUAACGUUGUUUGUGUAAGUGCUAUCAAUUUGUGGUGAUUUAAUAAAUAUUUGACUACUUUACCCUUGCCAUUGUUUGUGUAGGUGCUAUCAAUUUGUGGUGAUUAAAUAAAUAUUUGAAUACUUUACCCUAGCCAUAGUUUGUGUAAGCGCUAUCAAUUUGUGGUGAUUUAAUAAAUAUUUGAAUACUUUACCCUAGCCAUUGUUUGUGUAAGCGCUAUCAAUUUGUGGUGAUUAAAUAAAUAUUUGAAUACUUUACCCUAGCCAUUGUUUGUGUAAGCGCUAUCAAUUUGUGGUGAUUAAAUAAAUAUGUGAAUACUUUACCCUAGCCAUUAUUUGUGUAAGCUCUACCAAUUUGUGGUGAUUUAAUAAAUAUUUGAAUACUUUACCCUAGCCAUUGUUUAUGUAAGCGCUAUCAAUUUGUGGUGAUUUAAUAAAUAUUUGAAUACUUUACCCUAGCCAUUGUUUGUGUAAGCGCUAUCAAUUUGUGGUGAUUUAAUAAAUAUUUGAAUACUUUACCCUAGCCAUUGUUUGUGUAAGCGCUAUCAAUUUGUGGUGAUUUAAUAAAUAUUUGAAUACUUUACCCUAGCCAUAGUUUGUGUAAGCGCUAUCAAUUUGUGGUGAUUUAAUAAAUAUUUGAAUACUUUACCCUAGCCAUAGUUUGUGUAAGCGCUAUCAAUUUGUGGUGAUUUAAUAAAUAUUUGAAUACUU